AUGAAGGGUGUAGUACGCAACUACAGCACCCGUCCGAAUGAGAAGCUUCAUGGCCCCCUCAAAGAGGCCUACGAGCGCCAGUCGAAUGGAAAGGAUGUCGCUGACCAGAUACUCCGUGUUGACAAGCGCAAAUUCGCAGUCAAAAUGUUGAGAGCGCACGUGGACGUACUUGACGACCGGCGCACAUUGGCAGAAGAGGGCAAUGAUGACGAUGAAGUCCCGAAUCCCGUUGCUUUCGAGGGGCACAUCAAACUUGGUUCGACACAACAGCCCGUAGCCAUCCAAGACAUCGAGAACCACAGCGGCCAAUUGGAUCGGGCGUUUCAAGGCUUUCAUAAGAAGUUUUCUGACUUUAUCAACAACUCAUUACCGACGUACGGAUAUCAACUGGAGAGAUGGGUUACCAUACCCACAAACUUCUUGAUUCACGAACAUCGAUAUCUCAAAGUUCACUACGAGUCUUCCGUCGACUGGAAGCAAACUACCGACUACCUCCGAUGCACUCCAAGCUUCCAUGGGCACCCGCGCUAUGACUGUGCACUUAUAAAACUCACUCAGGAAGUAUCGGUCUUUGUUCGCCUUGUUUUUAUAUUCAGUUGUCAGCUUCUGGAUGUUGGUUCCUUCGAGUUGGACCGUGAUCUACGACUUACUCGUGUCAAAGCCGUCCCAAGGGCAAGUUCAAUCUUCAUUCCAGUCCAGUCUUUCAUUCGUGGCGCUGUUUGUUUCCCUGAUCCUGAUCACCGAGAUGAAUUCCUCGUGGUCGACCACAUCGAUAGUGACAUGUUUGUGCGCAUGAAGUCACGUCCAGCACGCCAGUGA